CACCAAUGAAUUGAAUCCCCGAAGCGAUCAGCCGGCAACUUCACUUUAUCCUUGACGACGUUAGUCAAGUUCAUGCUCUUACUAACCCGUACCAUCACCUCCAUCAUACCUCGCACAUUUAUCCUGACGGCAUCAUCGCCUUCUUUUUGUGCCCCUUCAUUGACUUCGAUCCGCAGUAGCUUCUAUCGAUCAUUCAUGUCCUCAGUCUCCGUUACAGAAUCAGCAGAUUGCCUCCAAGUCCAAGGACACGUUCAAUAUGAUACCCCAGAUCAUAUAACCCCGUCAAAUGUCCACACAUCUCCCCUAGAGCAAUUUCACAUCUGGUUCAACGAAGCCCUCAAAGCCAAUGUCCGCGAACCAGAUGCCAUCUCUCUCUCUACAGCGACGGCGUCUGGCAUACCUUCUUCGCGCAUGGUGCUCUUCAAACAACUAGACAAGCGGGGCUUUGUCUUCUAUACUAACUAUACUUCUCGCAAGUCUCGAGAAAUGGAAGAGAACCCUCAAGCUGCCCUGCUUUUCUUCUGGCGUGAGAUGUCCAGGCAGGUCAGGGUGCUUGGUAGGGUCGAGAAGAUGUCGAAAGAGGAGAGCGAAGAGUACUUUAAGUCCCGCCCUGUCGGCACCCGAUUGGGUGCGUGGGCAAGCCAUCAGAGCAGUGUGAUCGGGGAAGAAGACCUGCCCAACCGAUUGGCGGAGGUUCAGGAACGAUUUGGAGUACAGGCAUCCGACAAAGAAGGCGAUGUCCCAUUGCCUGACUUCUGGGGUGGAUGGAGGGUUAUCCCGAGCGAAGUAGAAUUUUGGCUCGGAAAACCAUCACGGCUUCAUGACCGUGUCCGAUAUCUUCGUGUGGAAGGUUCACCCGAUGAUCAACCGCGGUGGACGAUAGAUAGAUUAUCCCCGUAAUCUGCAGCAUUGUGGAUAAUAGCCCGGACCGAUACCACUCGUGUGGGCAGCACAUGAAUUCAUCCACAGUUCCAAAUUU